CGUUACUGCGGGACCAUGCUGGAUCACUCGGGCACGCGCAUCGGCAGACAUCGCUCGCACGACUUGCCCACCGUUUUGCGUCCUCCCCCCUUUUCCCCGCGUUGCAUUCUGGGAAGCCAAGUUCACGAUCGUUCAGGAAAAAUGGCAGACGUAAGGCCGCCACCCCUCCGGAGCCUGGAUGAUUUUCUCCUGAGCUCGGCCCGGUUCGCCGUGCCCGAUGUCCGCGACCUGGACCGCUGGAACAACCGCAUCAUCAAUAACCUGCUGUACUACCAGAGCAACUAUUUCCUGUCUGCGCUAGGCUUCCUCUUCAUAGUGGGGUAUUUCCAGCCGUUCCAGCUGUUUGUUGGGGCAGUGGUGGUCACCUUGUUGUUCCUGGGCUUCGUCUGGACGGCCGAGAACCAAGCCCCCGUUCGCCGUUUCCGUAGAAACCACCCAUCUAUCUGUGUGUUGGUCAUUCUUCUGGCGAGUUACCUCUUCAUAUCGGUGCUGGGAGGCGUUUGUGUGUUCCUGUUUGGAAUAGCCUUCCCUGUACUGAUGGUUCUGGUCCAUGCGUCGGUGAGACUACGCAGCCUGAAGAACAAGCUGGAGAACAAGCUGGAGAGCAUCGGUUUGAAGAGGACACCCAUGGGACUCCUGUUAGAGGCCUUGGGACAGGAACAGGAAGCUGGAUCCUAGAGAGGAAGAGGAGGAGGAGGAGAGGUUGUGCAGGGGUGGAGGAGAGGUUGGGUCCAAUCACAGAAAAUGAAGGUGAAGCAGUGGAUGGGAAAUAGGAAGAGGAGAGGAGAAACAUAGAGAACAAAGGGUGGUUUGGUUUGUUAAAAACAAGUCAUGACAUGUCAGUGAAGGAAGAGACUGUCGUCCAAAUUACAGAACAGAAAUCAUCAUGAAUAGUUUAAAUCAUCCCUGCUUGUAUCUUGCCAAACGUUGCACUUUAAUCAAACAUUGUUUGGUUUCUCUUGCUCUUUAAUUUUUGACAUGACACCUUUUUGUGUGUUUGCACUUCAUGUGUAGUAUUGUAGGCUAGUCUGGAGUGUGCUCUGCUUUCUGUUGAGCAUUUUCAUAUGACAGAUUAGUAGUUUCCAGCGUUUUUGACUGGUGACACUUUAAAAUGAAGGAAUGUUUUCUUGUGGCUGCUCGUCACACGCUGUAUUUGCUGACCAGUGUUUCAUCUGGAUAAUGUUUAGAGAAGAGGUAAAAUGAUCAAGUCAUUCAUAAAAAAAAAGUUACAAGAAAAAGUCUUAAAAACAUUCACAAUUAUAUUAAGCAGAUAUAUUUUCUUUCUGAUAAUAAAAACGUCUUCACCUUGGAUUUCUAACAUGAGAGAGAAAAGUGCGACAUUUCAAAAAUAGUCAUUUAAAUGUUACAAGAAUAAAGCCAUAAGUCGACUAGUAACGCGCCAGCAGCUCAUUACUGCAGCACUCUGGCUCAGACAGUCAUGGAGUCCUGGUCUCUGGUCUCUGGUCUCUGGUCUCUGGUCUCCUCGGCUCAGCUCCGGCAGGAAAACAAACUCCGCUUUAGAACAUGUUUGGUUAUAAACGUAUGUUACGCAACUGGUUUUAUUUCAAAAUCUAUAAGAAUAACACACUUAUUGGUAAAACAAAACUACACAAGUUAAGGCCAUAAACAUCAGAGUGAUGGUUAAAAGUGACUGGAUUGUUUAUAGCAAUGGAUCAAGAUCCUGUUCUUUUACAACUUCAUUCUUCAAACGUUACAACUUUAUUGAAAUAUUCUGACUCUAAAAUUACAACUUUUUUUUUAAGUUACAGCUGUAUUUUAAAUAUUAUUCCUCUCUAGCUUUAGUCUUGAGAUAUUAUGACUUUUUCUUUUAAAAUUAUGACUCUUCUUGAUUUCACAAAAAUUCUGACUCUUCUCAAACCAUUUGGACUUCCCUCUUGAAAUCUCAGAUUUGUUCCUCCCAGUGGCCACAAUACUUCCACACUUCAUAUGCACAACAAUGGAAAACCAAAGUGCUGUAAUACCAACAGACUUUAUAUUAUACAAAAGGAACAGAGCGACAUGCAAGUAAAUAUGUCCAUAGUGGAAAUACAGAAUACAAGGACAGCAAAGUAUCCAACAGGUCCGUUACAGCUACAGAAAUGUAUAACACACAUACUGUAAGAUUUAAGCUUGUGUGUGUUACUACUUACCUGCAGUGUCUUCAUUUGAAAAGGAUCAGAUGGAGAUUACACAUUUUAUUGGUAAAACUACACCUGCAUUAACUGACCUCAAAUGAAUUUCUCUUUCAUUUAGUGUUUCCAUUAGUUUGUGACUUAAAUGCUUACACGAGCUUAAGGUUGAGGUUUUAUAUGAAGAGCAAGUUCAGAACAGAUGUCUGAGUCUCAGGCGCUUUGAGCUUCACAGAGUCGAUUCAGGACUUGUGGGAGAAGAAGGGAAAAACGAACCCUUUUAGUUUAGUAAGUGUGUAUUCAUCCAGGAGAAAAGGCUUCACUCAGACAGCUGCCUCUUCCACUCCCUCACUGCUGGUCAGUGGGAUCUGCCCAGUGCUAACAACUGGGAGAAGCUUUAACUCUAGCUAUUGAAUCACUUUGAAUUUGCCCUUAAUUCCUUUAUAACAUAAAUCCUUGUUACAACAAACCAAUAGAAUUUGUUGGUAGUUGUGCCAACACUUGUGGUAACUGCAGUUUGUAAUUCUCCCCUUGUAAUUUAGCUGUUUUUAGCCGCAUUCCUUAUAAUUUACUCUUGUUUUUAGCCACACCGGCGGCGUGGCUGUUGGACUGGCAGCUUCGGUAGAUCAGUCCAUUAUUCUGGUCCGGCAGAUGAAUCCUGCUGACUGUUUAUCCCCUGACUUUUCAUCUAGCUCCACCAACAGGUCACAGUUUUUAUUUACAGAGAAAAUAUCUCUGAAAGUCCGAGUAGAGAGCCGAUCACGUCAUCACGUCUGGCCCUGUGCUCCACUAGCUUCUGUAGCCAAAUGAAUCCUGUUCUAGAGACUUUACUGGGGUUCAUAUUCCAAGAUAAACUGGUAUCUACUACAGAACUCACCAGUCAGGAUUCAUUCACAAUUAAUUGUUAAGCAUAUAAAAACACUACAGCUUCCAUAGUAUCCACCAGUGCUCUCUUCUAAUGUAGUUUUUCAUUACACAUUGUCUAAACUAACUGAGACUCGAUUCACCACGGAUGGUGUCGUGUCAGGCUGGUGAUGUUUAACCUGUGAUGGCCUAAGCAUUAUGGGAAAUGGUGUUCUUUAAAGCUGAGUGAAACAGAAAUAUUACUGUUAUGUCAUUAAAAUCGCCAUCCUUAUGUAGAUGGACUGAACCACGUGACAUUACUGCUGUUGUAGGGCUUUUUAUCAUAAAUGUUAGUAUGAUUUUUUCAUAGUUUUCUUAUUUCCAGAACUACAACUGAACCCUGAAGUUCUGGUUUCAAUGACAUUCCUAUGAUCCGAUUGAAACCCUCCCUAAACUUUAACACAUUGGACCGCUUCAGCGUUUGCAGACUGUCGUUCAGUGUAAUGUAUAGAUGGUUCCCGCUUUGUGGAACCUGAUGACGGAUGUUUUUUGAAGAAAGAUAAAUAAAAGCCACUCCUGUGUUGUUCUUAUGAAAGAAGGAAAAUGUUGAAAACACUUUUUAUGCUCAUGUCAGCAGUGAUACAGGAAACAGUUUUGUACUACAGACUGACUGCUCUCAUUGAAGGUGUUUGACUGAAUGAGAGCUGUUGUAUUGAAUGUCAGCUGCCUCUAAACAUCUGUAAGUGUUAAAUCUAUUGCCUCUGCAGUAAUACAUGUUUGUAAGAGGGGCUCCUACUCUAAAACAGUUUAAGAUGGUGACAAGCUGUUGUUUUUAUGUAUGUGGUUUUGAUUAUUAAUCAUGUUUACUAUGAAAGAGUCUGUUAGCAUCAGCGCCCUGAAGAAACAAAUGACGCUCUAAGAAGAUUAUUUAUAUUGUGCACUUUUGAUAUUUGCCUUGUAUAGUUAUGUUUUAGACAUUUAGUUGACAUGCCUGUCUGUGUUUAAUGCUCUGCAGGCAGGGGACAUGGCUGUUAGGGGCCCUGAACAUGUGACCCCUCAGUCUGUCCUCUUAGUGGUUUGUCUUACAUUACAACACAAAGUCAGGAAAAAUACAGAUCAGAGAGAAAUGUCUUUGGUCUGAAUACCAGAAUGUAAAGUGAGAGGAAACUUUUCUGCAUGACUGUGCACAUUUAACUUAUUUUACAGUUUUACAGUGUCGCCUUCCAUUCAGCACAGUGUUUGAGUUUCCAUUUACCAACAUGUGUCUUUGACCAUUCGCCAAGAGCUGGUAAUUAAAUUUGUUUAAAACAUUUUUCUAAAUAAAAUAAAAGAUUACUGGACUGCA